AUGGCUACAGCCAUGGACACCAAAAAAGGGCCUCUGUCGGUUCAUAGCGAUGACAAUAUCUCCGCUGCAGAAGGGCAAGUCGAUAUCCCUGACGCAGCAUAUCGCCGGAUGCCAGAGAGCCUUCGCAACCUCAGUGAGGAUGAACUCAAUACCCUCAACAAGAAAAUUGUCCGAAAGGUUGACUUCCUUAAUCUAGCGGCAGCCAAGCUACAGGGGAUCAUGGAAGACCUAAACAUGACCACCCAACAGUUUGCCACUGCAGUUUCCAUCCUCUUCGUCGGCUACUUGCCCUUCCAGAUUCCGAGCAACCUCAUCAUAACCAAGAUCUCCCGGCCGGGGAUGUACAUCUGUGUUGCUGUCGUGAUCUGGGGCUGCAUAUCCGCGGCAACAGCAGCCGUCAAGACGUACGGUCAGCUGCUUGCUGUACGAGCUAUUCUUGGAGUGGCCGAGGCAGUCUUCUUCCCCGGCGCGAUCUACUACCUCUCUGCCUGGUACACGAAGAAGGAACUCGGGAAGAGGAUUGCAGGUCUCUACAUCGCACAGCAAGUGGGCAAUGCCUUCGGCGGGCUGUUCGCAGCAGCCAUCCUCCAGCUCGAUGGUGCGCACAACAUCGCCGGCUGGGAAUGGCUCUUCAUCAUCGAGGGCAGCGCAACAGUCGGCAUCGGGGUGGUAUGCGCUUGCAUCAUGCCUGAAUUCCCACACAACAGCCGCAUCCUAUCCCAGAUUGAACGUGACCUCGCCGUAUGGCGUAUCGAGUCAGAGGCCGGCGCUGCAGAAGGCACAGAGAACGAAAGUGUACUACGUGGCUUCACGAAAGCCCUCUCAGACCCCAAACUAUUGCUCCUCAUCUUCGCAAACAUGCUCUCCCAAACACAAGGCUCUAUCGCCAAUUACUUCCCCACUCUCGUCGCGUCACUCAACUUCAACAACACCGUCAGUCUACUCCUCACAGCACCGCCCUACAUCCUCGCCGGUGCAGUCUACUACGUCCUCAUGUACUACUCCGAUCGCAAGAACACCGUGUACCCAAUCAUCCAACUCUGCGUCGCCAUCGCAAUUGUCAUGUACAUUAUCCCCAUGGCAACACUCAAUGUGGGUGCCCGCUACUUCUCCAUGGUCAUUUUACCCUUUGCGUCAGUCGGCCCCCAACUCCUUCUCUACAAGACUAUCAAUCUGCACCUGGCACGGCCAGUGUCCAAGCGUGCUGCUGCUUCUGCUCUGGUGAAUGCUAUCGGCGGAACGUCUAAUAUCUGGGCGUCGUAUCUAUACUACGAGCCGCCGCAUUUCUAUGCUGCUUUCGGGACGUUGAUGGCGAGUGCUGUUUUGCUGGCAGUCACCAUGACGGUUUACAGGUGGUUGGUCUUGCGGGAGAAUAAACGGUUGGAUUCGGGUGAUCCGGAGGAGAUUGCGAAGGUUGUUCGUGGCGGUGUUACGGAGGAGAUGGUGCAGCUUAAUUGGCGUUAUGAAAUGUAUUGA